UUAUACUGCGUGUGUGCGGUGCAUGCUAGUGUACGUGUACAUGUACAUGUAGUGCCGCGGUGUCACCUCUCGUCGUCCAUGUCGUUGUCGUUGCAUUGGGCCAUUUUGUUGUCCGUUGCGUUAGACUGCUCAGGAAUAACAAACAGUCCCGGAAAGCUAUUUGACAUCACCGCUGGGGCUGUUUUGAAGCUCCUUCUCAAAUGAUCAACCUCACAACUCGAGAUAUCUACAAAGACAUGGUGUACUGGCCGUUAGUGUCCAUAGGCAACCUCUACGUGCUUGUCUGUAUUUCUCUGAGCUCCCGCCCCAGUCUCGCCCCCUGCUGCUCGCCAUGUCCCAGCCGGGUAUCUUCCCUCCCGUCAAUCUGAACACGCCUACCAAGAAGGUGGAGGAGAUGGACGAGGAGGAGGAUGAGGAGAUGCACAUUGUCCCCCUGACGGACGUGAUCCUCCUGGAGCCGCCCGUGGAGGUGCAGAGGAAGCUGACCCCGCCCCUCAAGAAGAAGUGGAAGCAUGCCAUUCUCAAGGCGCAGUCGGCCCAAGAUCCCUGGAUGCAGUUCCACUUGGAGGACUACCCUACCGAGACGGCUGUCCGCCACCGCUACAGCGCUGGGACCAAUAAGUGGGUCAUUGACAAUGUGAAGGUCAAAGUGGGCAAAGAGGCAUUUGCUCGUGGUGCUAUGAGAGAGUGUUUCAGAUUGAAGAAGCUGUCUAACUUCACGCGACAACGGAGGCACGACUGGAAGCAUGCUGGAAACUUUGUUGCCAAGCGGUACAUGGAGACCGUCGACCGGGAGAUAUACUUCCAAGACGUGCGUCUGCAGAUGGACGCCAAGAUAUGGGGGGAAGAGUUCAGUCGUCACAACCCUCCCAAGAAGGUUGAUAUCGUUCAGAUGUGCGUGCUGGAAUUCAAGAACCGUCCUGGCUGCCCGCUGUUUCACCUGGAGAAUUUCAUUGAGGGCAACUACAUCAAGUACAACUCCAACUCGGGCUAUGUCAGUGACGAGAAACUCCGACUCACACCACAGGCAUUCAGUCACUUCACGUUUGAGAGAUCCGGACACAAGUUGAUUGUUGUUGACAUUCAGGGAGUUGGAGACUUGUACACAGAUCCUCAGAUCCACACAGCCACUGGGACGGAGUACAAUGAGGGGAACCUGGGCUCCCGUGGCAUGGCGCUCUUCUUUGCUUCACAUGCCUGCAACGAGAUCUGCAGGGGACUUAGUCUGACACCAUUCGACCUCCAUCCCAGUGAGAUUGCUGACCACGAGAAGCUGGUCACAAGACAGCGGAGGGCAUCCACACAUGUCCGAGGCACCGAAAACAACGUCUUGCGGCCUCGUCACCGUCCCUCCAUCUCGCCCAUGGACGUGACCAAGUUUGUCAUCCUGGAGCGUUCCAUCUCGGAGUGCUCCAACGAGUCCACCUCCCCAGAUGCCUCCCCGGCCGUGCUGUGCGAGAGCCCCUCCUCCCCGGAGGAUGUCAGCAUGUCCCCCAGGGACAGCCUGGUCACCAAGAAUCACUUCUUCCCCUCAGGGCGACGGAGGGCCGUGUCUGACGAGGACUCCCCGUGUGUGAGGUUUAGGGCGGAGUCCGACAGUGAUACACUCACUAGGGAGAAUGAAAGAGCUGCCAAGAAAGAGGAGGAGCGCAAGGCCAUGAUGAUGAACAAGACCCACAAACCCUCCUCGGUCAAUGUGGAGAUGGCCAUGCGGGCAAGACUCAACAUGGAGCGCAAGACUGGAGGCUCCACCCUCGGCCAGGUCCACUUGGACUUGGCCAAGUACCACGAGAUUGGACGUUUUGUUGACAACCUGGAAGAGCGUAACAUGCAGGCAGCCUUCUACCACCUCCAGCAGGCAUCCAACUGUGGAGUCAUGGAGGCUAUUCUAGCUCUGGCUAGGAUCUACCUCAAUCUACCUCAUGACAUCCUAGAAGCUGUCGUCAUUGAUGAGAGUGAAGAGAACAUCAACGAUGGGAUGGACUUGAUGGAGCAGGCAGCAGAGGCCGGGGACAGACCUUCCAUGAUCCACUUAGCCAAGGCUUACGAGACUGGAACCAACCUGGGUACUAACAGAGAGAUCAUUUGGACCGAGGCCAUCCACUGGUAUCAGCAGGCCAUCAGCACAUCCCAGGAGGAUGAAGAUGGGGGCUUCGACUGCCUAAAUGAGGACCCCAACUACCAGCUCUUGGUCAGGCAAGCAGACCUGUACAGGAAAGGCGGGUACGGACUGGACAAGAACCCUCGCAAAGCAGGUGACUUGUACAAUGAGGCCGCAGAGGGAGCCAUGGCAGCCAUGAAAGGUAGACUGGCCAACAAGUACUACAUGGUGGCAGAGGAGUGCUACGGUGAAAUGGAGGAAGACGAGGAGGAAGAGGAAGAAGGUGAUUAGGAUGGAAGCCAGUCUAACCUGAUGGGAUGGUAAGACUGGCCAACAGGUCUGUCACCCAGUGGCCUGGAGUUGCCUUUGAGAAUUGUAAGAAAAUGGGGGAAAAUUAUGGACUGGUGUACACCUCUAACCCUACAAAAGGCAGACUAGUGUGAGGGCUUCACGCUGUCUGGGUAAUGUGCAUGUAUAUGUAUAUGCCUCAUAGUAAGAUUUAACCUCGUCGAGUUGUAUUACACUGAUCAUACAGCGGGUUGAAGACGCCACUGGGAAUUGGAAGAAAAUUGGAGAAAGUAAUGAACUGGUAAACAGCUCUAUAAAAGUUAGACUAGUAAAAUAUGGGGUGCAUGCCGUCUAGGUAUAUGUGCAUGUAUAUGCCUAGAAGUAGGUUUUAACCUCGUAGAGGUGUAUUACAAUAAUACUGUGUUAACUACGUUCCAUCUCCAUUUUAGGCUAUGCUGGGUGUGGCCAUACUUGGACAGGGGCGUGUGUUUUAUUUGCUUUUACCAUUCUGAAUCCAACUCGUUGCUGAACAUCCAGAAUAGGCAUCAAUACCACUUUUUCGUCGCUGUUCUAGAACGGCAACGGCAAAUUGAGUUGUAGCUUGUGCUUUCUUUGGGCACACACCUUCCAGAAUGUUGGGUUUAUUUUGACUGAGAUUUUGCAUGAGGUCAAAUGUUAUUGAGCCAGUGAUUUAGCAUUGUAAUCAGUUAUAUAAUGCUGCAAUUCAGUCCAGUCACAAACCCUGGCAAAAAGAGAUUUAGCCAUGAUCAAGACACCCCUUUUCAAGAAAAAGAUGUUCCGUCAGUUUUCAUCUGGGACUAGAUCUGCUUCUAUCCGCUCCGAGGUGAAAUGCACCCCUUAUUGGCGAAAGAAAGACAGGUGGUUAGAGCAGGUUCCUGCAAGCGUUCUGCGUGUCCGCCAAGACCAUACAUGCUGGAAUAAAUUAGUUACGCGUACUCGGUGUGCUCCACGUCAAACACCGAUAUACUUGCGCGCCUCAUGGCAUGCCUAUGCAGUGGUCACCCCAAAAAUACGCCCUCUUUUGUUCCACUCGGGGUGGAUAGCGGGAUUAUCAGUGCCAGUCUUAUAGACUUGUUGUAAACUAUAUUGAAGUUGGGAAUAUUCAGGACUUCCAGGGUUUUAAUCUACCUCCGUGAACAGCACAUCUGUGCCUAUACCUGCAUAGACUGCUUACGCGACUACCAUGAGAAACCUGCCAGCAGGUUGGACAGUAUUAUCAUUCAUUCUAAGGUAUGCAGCUGAUUUCACAAAGUUCAUCAUAUCAUGACACCUGACCUAUAUCCUUUGACUUUUAACGGAGGUGAUUUUGCAGGUGUACCCUUAUGCUCAUUGGAAGACUCCACAGAGCGUAUGGGUUUGUGCACAUGCCUGUGACAAUUCUACUCGUGUGUGCACUUGUGCCCUGCACUGGAGUGCUAGUCCACACUCACAGAGCACAUUGCCACAUGGCGUCCAAAACCUGGCAACAGGUCAGAAGAGUAUUGCGUGUGCAUUUUAACCAUAGAGCUUGGAGUCAAUCAGUCCAUGCAUUUCUUUUGGAGGGAUUCUGGGACUGCUAAUCCACCAGCUCCAGCACUCAUGCUUUGAGAGUGUUGGGUACUAGGGAACUGUAAGAGGUUUUUUGAGAUGGAGCCAACAGAAUUAUGCAGUGCGUUUACUCAUCUGGUUGUAUGAUUGGUGCACGUUGGCUGUUUGUGAAAUUGGCUGUAUGCAGGAUGCAGUAUCUGAGAUAUAUGUACCCAACCAAGUGUAGAAGACUUACACCUGUCAGAUGUACACUUGAAUCUGUACAAUACAUGUAGAUAGUACUAGAAACAAACAUGCAGGGCAUUAUAAACAAUACGUCUCUUCACCUUUCAAAUCUCUGUAAAUAAGCGAGUGAAACUAUUUCUGCAUUACCCCUGGUAUGGUAACCUUGUAAAUAUGACUUUUUUUCCCCCAAUCUUGUCCUACCAGUUAUUGCCCGUCAACUUAGCAUGAGCUUUGUUUGUUUCUUGUUCAGUCUGCCUACUUUUUUUGUAGCAUUCUGUUACAUGGGUAAUCAGUUCUCAGUUUGGAAGACUUAAGAUCAGUCAAAUCAUUUUAAGGUAAUUGUGAGAUUCAACAUCUACCUUAACCAAUGUAACAUCUAACCGUCUAACAUUAAACAUCUAACUCUGUCAAAUUAAUCAAGAUUGUUUAACUAUUUUUCAACUCAAUGUGCUGCUUUACAGCUCAGUCAAAAAUAAUGUGAAUAUUUUCUUUUUCAAAGACUGUAUAUUACUGCUAAAUUUAUCAUUCCAGGCAAAAUUCUUAGUAAUUCAACUCUGAUUUGUAUUUCCCAUCUUUUUCACAUUUGCACUUUGUCAUAUGAGAGUAGAGUUAAUUUUUGAAUAAUAUUCUAUAUUGCUAUAUAUUCAAUAUAGCACUUACAAAAUGAAUAUAUUUGAUACUAGUGGCAAGACUGAUUUUAAAUGAAUUGUACAUGUAGUUGAGAAUUUGCUGCUGGGAAUGGUUUUCUUUCUUUUCUUUUGCUUCGGAUAUUUCUUGGAAUUGUAUCUGCUUCUUUUUGUGUCAUAAAUAUUAAUUUUUUGUUCGAAAAACAUCUCAAAAUUUUGUGUUCUUUCCCUAUAACAUUCAUAUUAAUUGUAAAGUAGCAAGUGAAAGUGCCAAGGUGUAGUUUUCUUUUCUUUUUUUUAAAUAUUAUUAGCACUUAGGAAUAAAGAAGCAUUUUACUCAAUGUAAGCAACCACUUAUUCAGCUUGGAAAACCAGAUGCCAUUUUGGGUGAGGGAAAAUCCUCCAGUGGAUUAACUGAUUAACAAAAAUCCAUCUAAUGGAGAAAUUAGUUUGUUGUACAAAUAUUUUCGCAAUUUGUUUUAAAUUUAGCUUGCAUAGAAAUAGUGAAAGAUUAAGAAGACAGGUGAUGCUCUGUCUAGAAGAUAUUGUAUCGAUGGGAAUUCUAGUUACUCAUUAAGAUUCUUCAAUUUGAAUUGGAAAAGAUGUGCCAUAUUGUAAGUAUACAGUUGUGCUCAAAAGUAUUCUUACCCUCUGGAAAAGAACAUACUUUUCUAACUUCUUCCUUUGUAAAAGCUAUUAUGUUGACACUUCCACUAUAUCUUUUGUCUGUUUGUUGCAAUAUCCAUUUGUGUAUUGGCUAAACUUCAU